UCAUUUAGAGAAUCAUAAUAUAUACAUGUACAUUAAAUCAAAUAUUUCCAGUUUGAAUGUCUGGUUUUUUUAAAGCUAUGUAUACAAAUUAGUCUGUAGUAAAAAUGUUUAAGAAACAUUAUUUUAUUUACAUAUAUGCUUCCUGUGUGGCAAUAUCAAAAGGGUAAAUGUUUGUUAUAGACAGGGUUCACAAGAUAUUGAGUGGACAAUAUUUUCUUGGGUCCUGAGUAGUUUGACCUCAAAAUCAACCUUUAGGAUGUACUAAUGUACCAAAUAUGAUAUCUGUCAAGAAAAAAUUUCUUAAAAUAUUGAGUGGACAACACACCACAAAGAAUAUGUGUGCACACCACUAAAUGCCCCUUUUUUUUCAAAUGGGCGGGGUGGACAUAAAAAUACACCCUCCCCCCAACCAAACAAUCUGUCUAACAAGUGUACAAGUUUAAUUUUACACUUUUACUUUAUAUUUGGCCUAAUAUAUUCCUUGUGAUAAUACCAAUCCAUUGAUAUCAAAAUAAUCCAAUAUUGCCACAAAAUCAUAUCCACACUAUCCACUAAUUUUGUUUGUUCAUUUUGUUCUACAGUAUAUGUAAAACCACAAGAUACAUGUGCCUCAUGUCCCCAAGGUCACGGGAAAUGAGAAUUUCAGAGAUUAACCAUUUAUUUUACACAGUGUCUGGACUUUCACUACAGGUGAAAUACCCACGAGGUAAAACAUUUCUGACAUUUAGCCAUUCAUCAGUAUUGUGUGUUAAAACUUGAACAUACUGAAAAACUUACUUUGACUACAUUGAAGUAACUACAUCUGUCCUAAAAGCACUAAUAGUCCCUCUCAGGACUUGCCCAAUCUGGUGCAUAUCACCAUUUAAAGGUCACUUGUAUAUCAGCUGGUGUCAAUUAUGACCAGCUUUUAGCUUUAGCCUAUGUUGCUUUGUUGAACAUGAAAUCAACUCUCUUCCCUGUCUGACCUUGCAAAUGACCAUAAGUAUACCUAGUACAAUAGCCAGUCAGGGCUACUUUAAUAAGCCCACAGAAAAUUUAGAAUCUUACUUGAUACAUUUUAUGAAAUUAUGCAUGUUUAGAUAAUUAUGUAUUGUAUUCUAAUAUUUCUUUUUUUUGAUCAAACACUGCAUAUAAAAGUAUUUUGAAAUAUGCAUAAAUUGCUCAUUUAGUCAAACCCUUGAUGUAAACAAUUUUGAUGGUUGGUAGAAAAGUAAAGACAUUCAAAACAUUGAAAAAAUUGUGAAAAUUGUUUUGAUUAAUAAAUUGUAGUUGUUUCAACUAAGUCUGUUUGCAUCCAAACAAAAUACAUUGCUUUGUGUUAAAAAUACCAUUCAGUUGGAUUAAUUGUCAAAAAUUGUUAAAAUAUUAAAAUAUUGAGAUUGCAUCAUGUGCAUGGAUUAUUGAAAUGUCUUCCCUUGAAAACGAGACAAACUAGAUGUGUCGGUAUGAUUGAUUGAUUGAUUGUAUUUUGCUUUAUGUCUUGCUCGAGAAUUUUUGACUGAUAUGGAGACGUCACCAAGACUGGUGAAGGGCUUCAAAUUUAGGCCUAUGCUCGGGGCGGCAUGUACAGGUGGCGAGUAAUGGCUAGGACAUUUGAAAGUCCAAGGGCAACAACUCUGAUAAAAGUUUUCCAACUUACUGGGGGCUGUGUACAGGAAGGGAAACAUUCUGUUCGGUCCUGAUGGCAACACUAUCAUAAGUCCUGUGGGAAACAGAGUCUCCGUUUUUGAUUUGAAAAACAACCAGUCAGAAACUCUCCCCAUUGAGAGCAACACUAAUGUUACCUGUGUGGCUUUGUCACCAGACGGUGUCACCCUCAUACUGGUUAAUGAAGAAGGGGAUGCUUUACUAUGUAGCCUGCUUAGUAGAACAGUAAUCCAUACUUACAAGUUUCACCGGCCUGUUCACUGUAUACAGUUCAGUCCAGAUGGCAAAAAGUUUGCUGCCACUCGUGACAACAUGGUUCAAGUGUUUCAUGCCCCAGGGAAAACCAAAGAGUUCAACCCGUUUGUUUUAUACAGAACUUUUUAUGGAGCCUAUGAUGAGACUACAUGUAUUGAUUGGACCUCAGACUCGAAAGCAUUAUGUGUAGGGUCGAAGGACAUGAACACAAGGAUCUAUGGUACUGAACGCUAUAACAAUCUGAUCGCCUACACCAUUGGGGGUCAUGCUGACACUAUUGUUGGGGCAUUCUUUGAAAAAGACUCUUUAGAUCUUUACAUAAUAAGUAGAACAGGUCACAUGAGUGUUUGGAAAUGUGAUACAGAAUUAGAUGGGCUGGAACCCUACACUAAACCAGAGAUGGAGACUGGUGCCACACUGGUGUCUGAUGAUGAAGAAGAAGAGCAACAGAAGAAAGAGGAAGAUGUGACUAAACAAUCUGCUAACAAUGAAAACCAAAUCAAAUAUGGAAGGAGAGCUAAACACUCAUAUAAAGAGUCCCUAGGGGAGGGAGCUAAAAUUUCUAAGCUUACCAGUGUGGCCUACCAUAAAGAUAUUCAUAUCUUGGUGUCAGGAUUCAUGGAUGGCUCCUUCUACCUUCACGAACUUCCAGAUUUCAACCUCAUCCAUUCUCUCAGUAUAUCUGACCAGAUAAUAUCCUCAGUAGCCUUCAACAAGACUGGAGACUGGAUUGGACUGGCUUGUACUGGAUUGGGCCAGCUACUGGUUUGGGAAUGGCAAAGUGAGACGUAUGUACUGAAGCAGCAGGGACAUUUCAAUCAGAUCAGCUGUUUGUCGUACUCUCCAGAUGGACAGAAUCUCGCAACAGGAGGGGAUGAUGGGAAGGUGAAGCUGUGGAACACCAGCAGUGGUUUCUGUUUUGUGACCUUUAAUGAACACCUAGGGGGAGUAACUGGAGUUGUGUUCAGUCAGAAUGGACAAGUUGUCCUCUCCUCCUCUCUAGAUGGCACUGUUAGGGCUUUUGACCUAAACAGGUAUCGUAACUUUCGUACAUUCACAUCUCCACGGCCUGCUCAGUUUUCCUGUAUCACGGUCGACAGCAGUGGGGACAUUGUGUGUGCGGGAGGUAUGGACACUUUUGAGGUAUUUGUCUGGUCCAUGCAGACUGGAAGGCUUUUAGAGGUGCUAGCUGGACAUGAGGGCCCAGUAAGUUCCGUAACCUUCAGCUCCCACAAAGCUCUCCUAGCCAGCGGCUCUUGGGACAAAACAGUCAAACUCUGGGAUGUGUUUGAGAAUAAAGGGGCUAAAGAAACCAUUGUCCUCUCAUCAGAUGUCCUAUCUGUAAGAUUCCGUCCAGAUGGAAAUGAGCUGGCUAUCUCAACAUUAGAUGCUCAGAUAACAUUCUGGGACCCCUCUAAUGUAGUACAGACGCACUCCAUUGAAGGUCGCCAUGACCUCGGGUACUCCAGGAAAGAAGGGGACAAAAUCACAGCCAAGAAGGCAGCAGGGGGAAAGGCAUUUAUGACAAUCUGCUACAGUGCAGACGGAAAAUGUCUCCUGGCAGCUGGCCAGUCGAAGAAUGUCUGCAUCUACUCAGUUCCUGAUCAACUCCUGAUAAAGAAAUUUGGCAUCUCUUGUAAUAUGUCCUUUGAUGGCAUGGAGGAAUAUUUGGAUAAGAAGAAGAUGACAGACUGGGGUAGUCUGGCUUUAGUUGACCAGGGAGAGAUGGAUAAGAAUGGGCAAAAUAUCAGUCUCCCUGGGGUCAAAAAAGGGGACUUAAGCAGUCGUCACUGGAAACCGGAGGUCCGAGUGGUUAGCAUACAGUUCUCUCCCACAGGAAGAGCUUGGGCAGCGGCUACCACAGAGGGUCUUAUGAUUUAUUCUCUGGACAGUGGUCUGGUAUUUGACCCUUUUGACCUUGACAUUGAAGUGACACCUAACAGCACAAAGAAAGCAUUGUCAAGGGGAGAGUACUCUACUGCAAUCAUCCUCAGUUUCAAACUAAAUGAAAUGAAACUUAAACAGGAAAUCCUGGAGCAUAUUCCCGUGUCCAGCAUUGAAGUGAUUGUGGAAAACUUGCCAGACAUUUAUGUGGACAAAUUAUUAGUGUUUCUGGCCACUCAACUGGAGACUACAGCUCAUAUUGAGUUUUAUCUACUGUGGGUGAACAAAAUUCUAAUGACACAUGGACUGAAAUUAAAACAGAGAUCACAGAAGAUAAUCAGUUGUUUAAGGACGCUUCAGAAGAACAUCACCAGAAAGUACGAGGAUAUCGGCAAAAUUUGUGACCAUAACAAGUACAGUAUAGACUACAUAUUGGCGUUGUCGGAAUGCAAGCGUAAACGAUCACCACACACAGACGAAGAAAAGGAAAUCAGUGAUAGUGAAAUGGACGAAGUCAAUGAGCUUGAUUCAUCUGACGACGACUUUAUGACAAGUCUGAUGGACAAAGUUACUUAAUGUGCAUUCAUGAACAUCACAAGCUAAAUGUUACAUAUUCAACUCAAAUUAAAGAAUACAAACUUUG